AUGUCAAACUACUACCAUCAAAGACUAGACACUGAAGAGGAAGAGUCUGUUUAUAAUCUUAUAGAAAAACCUGUGGAGGUUGUAGAAAAGAAGGAAAUGUAUAGAUCGGCUUAUCCAGGUACAACACCACCUUCUUAUUCAACUUUCGGUCUUAAUAACACAACAAAACCCGGAAUAGCCAAUGCUGGAGGAAGCUACUAUGAUUUGGAUCACAGUGGAGGUCAUCAUAAAUUAAAAAAAUCCUCUGCUACAAUGGGAAAGACUGUAAAACAUGAUGUAAGAAGUGAUUCCUUUACAAAGAAGAAGCAAGGUAUUUACACGGAUACACUAAGAACAAUGGAAUCACAAAAAUCUAAAAAGUUUGAACGAACAAUGCCUGAUACUUUAUCAAAACGUCCAGCUGUUCCUAAGAAAGAAGAAAAACCAAUUAUGGGAUUAAUAAGCAAGAAGAAUUUUGUUGUCAGUAAUGCAGUUGACAAUAUUCUUAGUGCACCUAAGAAAGUUAAACAACCAGAGCCUUUGUGGACUCAAAAAGCAGAGUUUGGUAAAGUACCUGAUUAUCUUUCAAAGAUAAACAAGAAUUCAAGAUGA